AUGCCAUAUAUGAUCUAUGAUCUUGUCCCGAAAACAGUGCUUAACGGCUGGACGAUUAUUGGCGAGGUGGUGGUGUUAUUAUGGCACACGAAAAUCAAUGAUCUGGAAACUUAUCUGGCACAGCUCUCACGCGCCAUUGAAGACUUUCUGACAAUCAGUGCACAAUGCGCCCCAAGUAUUCUCAUUAGCAAGGCAAAAUUCCACUUUCUCCUACAUAUCCCAAUGUACAUUCGUCGAUUUGGACCUGCGAUUCUCUUUUCCACAGAGCGCUUUGAAUCCUUCAACCACGUCUUUCAUCUCACAUGCAUUCACAGCAAUCGUCAAGCUCCGAGUCGUGACACUUGCAAUACAUUUGCUUCGCACGACAUCAUCAAGCAUGUUGUAACUGGCGGUUUCUGGUUUGAUGCUGUGCAGAAGAAAUGGGUUCGCGCUGGUGAUGCUGUGCGGCAGUAUAUUGCUUAUCAUCUAGAACAGCGCUAUUUAUUGGGGCUGAACACCGCAAAUGCAAAAGCUGCAGGCUCAGUCAGACUUCCUGUACCCGCGAACAAGGGAAAAGUAGUGACUGUCCCGUGGAGCCAGACUCAAUCACACAGAAUUUACACCGAUCCCCAAAACACAUCAAAACUUCCGUCUUCCUCAAGUUCCCGCUUCGUAAUUGCUGAUUCGAUUGUUGCAACAAAUGGAGACACUGUCGCUGUGGGUGGGCAUGUCAUCCUGUCGGAUGAGGCAGAAACUCUACGCAUCGGGAAGAUCAUUGAGAUCCUGGCUCCCGACAGCAAUUGCAUGUAUGCAAGUCAUGUUGCGAUCCAGUUUCUUCAGUUUUUACUCACAGUCCACCCAACUCUUCGGGUUCCUCGAAUGCAAACUAUUACCAACCAAGAAGUUAAGUCACCAGAGCAAAUCCUUUGCGCCAUUAAUAUUCAACAUGACUGUGCUUCGUCACAAUGUGUUGAAACACGAUCCAUACGUGCUCACCAGGAACGAGAACAGACAAAUCGAACAAUGCAGAUCGUCAAGCACAAGGAAACAAACAUGUUCCUAUUAAAUGUCCACUCCCUUCACAACUAUGACAUGAUCGCCAAGGUCAUCCCGCUCAAUCUCCGCCUUGCACUUACUGUCCCACUUGUCGCUGCUGGUGACAGCAAACAAAUUCGUCUUGAUGCUGCAAACCACGUCCGUCAGAAGAAGACAGGUGGAACCACCAUCGUCAGUGCUGGAGCAGAGUGUCAACUCACUCCUGCAUUUGAUCGUAGUACAGGCCCAGCUGUUACGCACUCAAAUAGAUCUGUUAUGCGGAGCCCUAAGAGGGGCGUUGUCCGCUAA